AUGGAUCAGAUGAGAAAGGUUAUGGUGGAGAUGAGGGAGAACAUGAAAAGGGCAAAUCCAGUGGAGGAUCUAGUCCAUCGAACAGAUUCCUCUUUCACGGCUUCCAUCAACGGUCACCCCUUACCCCCAAAGUUCAAGAUGCCUUCAUUGGAUUCAUAUGAUGGAGCACGUAACCCAUUUGAUCACAUAGAAACUUUCAAGACUACCAUGCACCUUCAAGGAGUCCCAGAUGAGAUUAUGUGUAGAGUCUUCCCUACCACUCUCAAAGGACCGGUGCGAGUGUGGUUCAGCAAAAUACCCCCGAACACAGUGAGUUCUUUUGAAGAAUUGAGUAAGUUGUUUGUCAAUAAUUUUAUCAGAAGGCAAAGGCACAAACACUCUUCAUCCAGUCUGUUAACCAUAGAACAAGGAGAGAAUGAAAGCCUGCGCUCCUUCAUCACUUGUUUUAACAGGGAAGCCUUAACCAUUGAUGAGGUGGAUGACAAGCUACUCUUGGCGGCCUUCCAUAAUGGGGUUAAUUCUAAUUUAUUUAUUUUUAAGCUAUAUGAGAAGGAGCCUCAAUCCAUGGCUAAAAUCGUUCAUUUGGCCCAAAACUUUAUGAAUGUAGAAGAUGCGAUCAUAGCCAAGAAGAGGAAAAGAGCUGAAAGGAUGGAAGCACACACCGCACGCCACUCGGAACAAGGCCCUCAUCCAAAGAAGGGAUGA